ACCUAUUUUUUAACUUCCAACCUACUUCUAACAGAACACACACACACACAAUCACUUCCUCAAACCUUCCAACCAAAACCACUAUAUCACCUUCUUUGAGUGAUUCUAAAAACCACUUUUCUCUUCUCCAAAAAAAUGGAACCAAAUGCCACAAAAUUCGACCUAAUAAUUCUAGGAGCAUCAGGUUUCACAGGCAAAUACGUUCUCAAAGAAGCUCUCAAAUUCCUCAACACAUCAUCCUCUCCUCUCACUUCCAUAGCCAUCGCGGGCCGAAGCCCAACAAAACUAGCCCAAACUCUUCAAUGGGCUUCAAAGCCCAACCCACCACCGUCUCUCCCCAUCCUCCACGCUGACACAACUGAUCCAUCCUCCCUCCGCUCUCUCUGCUCACAAACUCACCUCAUCCUUAACUGUGUCGGCCCAUUCCGCCACCAUGGCGAACCCGUGGUGGCGGCCUGCACCGACACAGGUUGUGAUUAUCUUGAUAUCUGUGGUGAGCCGGAGUUUAUGGAGAAGACGGAGGCUAGUUACCAUCAAAGGGCAGUUGAGACCGGUUCGUUGGUGGUUUCAGCUUGUGGGUUUGAUUCAGUUCCGGCGGAGUUAGGGUUGUUGUUUAAUUCGGUUCAGUGGGUGGGUGAGGCAGUGGUGAAUAGGGUUGAGGCAUAUGUUGGGUUGGAGUCUGAGAAGAGAAUGGUGGGGAAUUUUGCUACGUAUGAAUCUGCUGUUCUUGGUGUUGCUAAUGCGAGUAAUUUGCACAAGUUUAGAAGGUCUAGACCAAGAAGACCUAGGCCACAGAUUCCCGGACCAUCUCCCACUAAAGGAGACACCAUAGAACACCAGAAGAAAAUUGGACUUUGGGCAGUAGUGCUACCUUCAGCAGAUGCAAGUGUUGUUCGAAGAACACUUUCAACUUUAACAGAAAACCCCCAUGGUCUCCCCGGGUCGGACGAAAGUCCCGAGAUGGUUGUAAAAAGGGAAGCCUUCUGGUCAUCGGUGAAGCCAGCUCAUUUCGGUGUGAAAAUAGGCUCAAAAUCUUUGUUGGGAAUUUUAAGAAUCAUUAUGGUUGGAAUUUUCAUUGGCCUUUUUGGAAACACCAGCUUUGGAAGGUGGCUUCUUUUGAAAUUUCCUUCGUUAUUUAGUCUCGGUUGGUUCAGGAAGAACGGCCCUGCAGAAGAGGAGGUAGAAAGCGCUUCGUUCAAGAUGUGGUUUGUCGGACGCGGUUUUAGUAACGAGAGUCUUGCUUCACAAGGAAACACAAAACCUGACAUGGAAAUAAUAACAAGAAUAACAGGUCCUGAAAUUGGAUAUGUAACAACUCCAAUAAUUAUCGUUCAGUGUGCUCUCAUUCUUCUCAGCCAGCGCAAAAACCUACCUAAAGGAGGAGUUUACCCUCCCGGGAUCGUAUUUGGUCAUACUGACCUCCAGCAGAGACUUCAACAAAAUGGAAUAUCCUUUGACGUCAUCUCAAAAAGCACCAUUUCUUCUUGAGCUUGUAAGUUUCUUCCUCUUUUACAAUUUAAUAAGGAGAAGUAUAACAAUCAAGUGGGGAGAGACUUUUAUUUGUUCUGUUUGACUGUGUUUUUAUAAUAAUAUACAAUCUCGGCAUCUCUGUCUUCAUUAUAAGCAUCUUUUGUUAUUUUUAUUUAAGAAAAAUAGAUAAUGUAUCUAACGUGCUCAUUUUGUAUA